CUCAAUAAAAGCCCGAUUUCCCAGCCGUUGGACUUGUCUAAUCGGCCCGGCCCUGGGCCCAGCUGUUCGCUUACGACGUACCCCACCCUGAUGAGCCCAUUAAGCUGAAGCCAGGUCGGGUUCCGGGGCCCCACCCAUCCUGCCGUCAGGCAUGAGUCCUUCGCUAGUUGGCCCCCUAAAGAUUUUUUGAAAAGGAGUUCGGCGCGCCGGAAAAGAGAGAGAGAGAGAUGGUCGGCUGAGCGAGUGGAGAGAGAGGAAGCGCCAGGAGGACCGACGAGCCGUUCUAGGGUUUUGAGACUGUCGCCGCCGGUAUGUUGGAGCUUGCGGAGUCGAAUAUGACACUGGAUCCGACCGAUUGGUAUAGCUUCGGGCCCGGAUAGAGGAAGGGAGAAUGAUGACACAUUGUAACGGAUACGAGAUACAAGACACUUUUGGCAAUAAAAAUAGUUGUUUCGAUCAUUCUCUUCCUUUUCAAGAUGGUGAACAGGCACUCGAAUCUGUGACUUUUAAUGAUUCUCAUAAGAAGCAACUAUAUGAAGCAGUAAGUCGUGUCAAAACAAGUAUAUUCAGCAAAAGUCCUGCAAACGUACCUUCUCUACCAAGAAAAGAUGAAAGAGUGCUUCCGUCUGCUCUAAAAGAGGGAAGUUCCAACAUAAAGGUUCCUUCAUGGUCUCUUCAAUCUGAAAAAACGGUUCAAGCAUUAGACCUCAAAAAGUACAGCACAGGCAACACCAUUUUAGAUUGCCAAGCGCCUAAAAUCUCCACUAGUUCUUUUGGAGAAGAUGAAGAAGGUACAGGAAACAACACAUUAUGCUCGGAUUAUCCAUUCCAGGGGAAAAGGGGUUCUGCACAUCACAAAAAAUAUGGUGAUAUUUCCUCAGCCAAUGCUUUUGGUACUGUAUUGAGAAAUGGGCAAAGGGAUAGAGAGGAUGAUAUGCAGUUUUAUGAUUGUCCUAAUAUUAUUGGAGAUUUUGAGGAUUUUAACAGAGUAAACAGAAACAUUGGCACUAUACUUGCGCAAUGGAGCACUGUCACCAAAGAUGAGAUCUCACCGUUUUCAGCCGCCUCGCUUGGUUUUCUUGAUAUGGAAGAUACGCUGCAAUCAGUAGUACCAUCUUCAGUUUCAGAGUUGAGUGCUUUUAACAAUACAUCAAGUUAUCAAGAUUUGUGCACCAAUAUUUUGCUGGCAACUGAACCAUCAGCCAUUAAAACUGAGACCAUCUAUGGUCCCCACUGUAGUCCUCUACCAAUGUAUUUGAAUACGGAAAAGGCUGAAAGAUCGGUAAUAUCUGAACGGGCAUAUAUUCAUGCUGAGAUGGCUGAGAAAAGUUCGGUGCUUGAACAUAUUGGCUAUGGAAAUGAAUGGAGAGAUCCUAGCAAGAUUAAUAUGACUCUUAAGGAGCUUCACACAACCACAGGGAAGAAAGUCAAUUCAACUUUAGGAUCCAGCGUACAAUGCUCAUUAUGUGGUUGUGGCUUCAUACAAAAUUUUCAUAGUCCGGAACUUCUUUCUUCCGUCGUUUCAGCUCCUCAACCUUGUUAUUCUCAAGCUAUUUCAAUUGAAAACCUUUUGUCGGAGUCUCAUGCUUCCAGCUGCCUACAUUCCUACAACCCUCAAGCCCAGCUGAGCGACAUCCUUGAACUGCAACAUGUUUGUCCAACACUUAAUUCACCAGUUGCUGAAUCCAGUGCUUUGUCUGAUUAUGCAACUUCAAACAAUCCAUCGAACCAUGCCCCUCAGUUCAUAGGGAAUCUACCCUGGCCCAUUUCCAUGACAUCAGUGGCGAUAGAGAAAAACGAAAAUAUGUUUGGACGUCAGAAGUUUGCGGCUGCAAGUUCUUCUCUUCAAAGAAAAUAUAAAUUUGAAGAUGAAGUUGAAGGUAAUAAAAAAUCAGUCUAUACAAGUGGAAAUCUACCAGCAGUUACUAUAGGCCCAUCAAGUUUACAUGGAAAUUCUUGCAUGAGUGGUACUUCUCUUGAUGAUAUGUCUCUAACAGCAGCUAAUUUUCAGCAGCUUCAGAUGAUUAUCGAUCAGCUUGGCGUGCGAACUAAGUUGUGCAUAAGAGACGGUCUAUAUCGUUUGGCUAGAAGUGCUGAACAAAGCCAUUACUAUGUCGCUGAAAACAACGCCGACAGUGGAACUAGCCCUAUGAUAGGACUUCAGGGUGUUAACGGUUCAAAAAG